AUGUACGGAAGAAAAACACCAACAACAUACCGCUCCACACCAUCAGUGUACUCUCAUUACACUGGAAAAUCAUCAACGAAUUUGCGAUCAUCAAAAUCAGUGAGGUCACUAAGAGUGCCAUGGUAUCAGAAGCCCAUUCUGCAUGAUGCAUUCGUGCUGGACCUGCAGAGGGGAUCCUUACUGACUGCUAGUAUAUCUGUUUUCAUAGCAUUAUUCACAUUCGCACAGAGUGUGUUUGAUUUGUACUGCAUGGUGCUGGCCACCCCCGGGGCAGUUCACUCGGGCUACUAUGUGAUAAGUUUUCAGUUUGUUUACGUCGGCAGUGCGCCUGUUCGUAACGUUCUCAUCGUAUUCUCUCUCUUCUCUUGGAUCGGUUCAGUAGCAGUGUUGGUGACAAGCAUCAUACUGAUCAUAGCACUGAGGAAGGAAUACGAAAAGCGAAUAGUUCCCUGGUUGUACACAUUCGGUGUGUUCAUUCUGUUUCGCACUGUUGCGUUCAUAUUCGCGUCAAUUGUGAAUGAUAUGAUAUUCGCAUAUAAUAUAUUUAUAUGUCUCUGUUGGAUCGUGUUCUGUGCGGUUGGAGUGUAUGGCUGGCUGCUGGUGUACAGCCUGUACUUGGAGUUAGCCGAUUUGACGAAAUUGGAGGAUUUGGCGCAUUUGAGGAUGGGAACGAUGGCGUCACUGAACGCUUCUUUAGCUGGCUCCAGACCGACAACUCCACACUCGACUGUGUCUACGAUGCCUGCCUCACAGAUAUGACCCCUCGAGGAAGCCGUGCCUCUA